GCCUGUUGUUUGCUCCAGCAGAGUCUAAAGUUCUUCAAUCCUCAGGUGGUGUUGACCCAGUGUGGAUAAUGUGCAGAGCUUCAGGAGUUUUCUGCUCUUUUACUUUCCUAAACAGAGCGUGACAUUCCAGAACAUGGAUUUUGCAUGAACUUGAGCUGGAUGAAGAGAGAAAACUAGACGGGUUUAUGAAGAAUGAACUGAAUAAAAAGAAAAAGAGAUUCAUCGUUAUAUUGACAGGAGAUCAUACAAAACUCAACAGGUCUUCAGAAUGUUCCAGAGGAAGAAGAGGAAGAGGAGGCCGGAGAUCUCCGGACCCAAGAACUUUGAGCACAGAGUGCACACGUCAUUUGAUCCUGUUCAGGGUUGUUUUGUGGGUCUGCCACCUCAGUGGCAAAGCCUCAUAGAAACACUGAAGAGGCCCAAACCUGUGGUGGAUCCAUCCAACAUCACACAUGUGCAUCUCAAACCAAAAAAGAACAUUGUGCGUGGCAGUUUCAUCGGACAUGAGGACUACAUCUCUGCUGCGAUCGCUCAGAUGAGUCAACUCUCUGUAACGAGCUCAAACUCAUUAAGAAGGACCAGCACAUUGUUACGGAAACGAGCGCAGUCGCUAGGACUUUUGGGUGAAUUAGCUGAAGGAGAGACUUACGAAUAUCAGGGACUGAAUGACGCAAAUCAGAAAAAUGGACAGACGGUCUCAGACUGGCAUUCAAGAUCCCGUCAGGUCCACAGUGAAAGUGGAAGUCCACGACCUGGUUCUAAGAAGAGUUACACCUUCGACACGAACGAUGCACAACCAAGAGCGAAAUCAAUUCACGAGGCGUCAAUAUUCAUGGAGCAGCCAAUCCUCAUGCCCCGGGACAUUUUACUCUUGCCUAGAACUAUUCACGAGGGGUCCAAGAUUUCUCAACCAGAUGGUAAACACAACCAAAGACCCAUUUCCUGUCUCUACGGUACCUAUAGCGUAACUGAUGGAACAAACAACAAGCCCAGAGUCAGCUCGGUGGAAACGCCAAGACGGCCACACUCCACGUACAACUUCAAGGUAAAUUCGCCUAGCUACCCAGCCAUUUCCAAACCCAACGGCACUAGUAGUCCAAAACCAGGACUGGGACCCAUUGCCCAACAAACCCCACAUUGUUCCUCCAAUGAAAACCUAAAUGUUUCUCCAGUCAAAACCUCAGGAAUUCCAGCUUCAGUACCACUAACACAGGACAGUCCAUCCCAACCCAGACCCACACCAACGGGUUCGCCUGCCACAAGUCUGACUGGAGCGUCUUCGCCCUGUCUCAGGCCGCCCCAAACACCUGCCACCAUCCUAGAGUCGCCCAAAGUGACCCACUCACAGUUCAAAGCAGCCCUGCAGAUGGUUGUGGACAAAGGUGACCCUCGCAGUUAUUUGGAGAACUUCGUGAAGAUUGGAGAAGGCUCGACGGGUGUGGUUUGCAUCGCCCGAGAGAAACACAGCGGACGGCAGGUUGCCGUGAAGAUGAUGGACCUGAAGAAGCAGCAAAGACGGGAACUGCUCUUUAAUGAAGUGGUUAUCAUGCGAGACUACAGACAUAAGAAUGUGGUAGAGAUGUAUAAGAGCGCGCUGGUGGGUGAAGAGCUCUGGGUCAUCAUGGAAUACCUGCAGGGCGGCGCUCUAACCAACAUCGUUUCAGAAGCCAGGCUAACAGAGGAACAGAUUGCAACAGUGUGUGAAGCUGUUCUGCAGGCACUGUGUUAUCUACAUGCUCAGGGAGUCAUCCACAGAGAUAUCAAGAGCGACUCUAUACUGCUGACACUGGACGGACGGGUAAAGCUGUCAGAUUUUGGAUUCUGCGCUCAGAUCAGUAAAGACAUUCCAAAGAGGAAGUCAUUAGUUGGAACUCCGUAUUGGAUGGCACCUGAGGUGGUUUCAAAGAGACCGUACGGCACUGAGGUGGAUAUUUGGUCUCUGGGCAUCAUGGUGGUGGAGAUGGUGGAUGGAGAACCUCCAUAUUUCAGUGAGACGCCGAUAGCAGCCAUGAAAAGACUACGGGACGAGCCCGCGCCUACUGCAAGGAACGUAAACAAGAUCUCUCCUGUUCUGCGGGACUUUCUGGACUCAAUGUUGACCCGUGAUCCUCUGAUGAGAGCGAGUGCUUGUGAUCUUCUCCAACAUCCGUUCCUGUUGCAGAGCGCUUCUCCUCGCUGUCUGGUUCCUCUAGUGGAACAGUACCGCAAACGAAUGUCCCGCUGCUAAACAGAACCUACAAUGUACUCAUGCUGAUUUGCUUCGUAAUGAUGGACUGCUGUCAGCAUGUUUAUGACUGCCAAAGUUUUGCUGAAUGUCUCAAAACAAAGUGCUGAAACUUAUUUACCAACUACUGAACUGAACGCAGUGGAGAAUCCACAUACUGCAGUUUUUUCUUAUUCCACUGAAACAAUGAACUGAACUGUUGAUACUGGAGACUACAUACAUAAUGGAGGACUACUCACAUUUAAAAUAUAAUACAGAGUUUUUCCAGAUUAUACACAGAAUUUUUUUCCACAACAAGUGAUAUUAGCAUGAUUUCAGAAAAGAGUUAAACUGAAAAAAAAAUUGGAUCCCCUUUUCACCCAAUUUGGAAUUCCCACUACUUAGUAGGUCCUCG